CCGCAAUUUUCAUCACAGCAGUCGUGAAAUUCAAAACAAAAUCAUGGUCGUUUCUUCAUUUCAGUAUUCUUUUGAGUAUAACAGACGUAAACCAUGGACCCAGUAAUUAACACAAGCGAUGUUCUCGCCUCAUCACUAGACAGCUUGGCAACCUCUAUCGCUUGUGGAGCUACAAGUAUUCUAGAAGACUCGGUGGCGAGCACUUUAAUGCUAACAAAUCAUGGAGUUGCUUCAUCGCUUGGGAUCUCUCAAGCAAACCUGGGACUCAAUGACAUCGACGGGAACGGGUCGUCCGGAAUCGAAAUGGGGGCGAACCAGAUUGAAAACUCUUUUCCUGAUUGCACCGGGGAUCUCGAUGGCCAGGACAUUGUUGGGGGAGAUGAAACAGAUGGUACAGAUAUGACUAAUCUCGGACUCUCGCAAUCUAGCUACAUGCUGUUCAAUCUCCCAAACAGCAACCCGACCUCAGCUGCCACAACAACCUUCAUGCCCAUCAUGGUGUUGAGUACAAGUAAUGCCAUGCUGAAGGCAAAUGGUGUUGAACCAAAUUUGAUACUAGAUCGACCGCAACAGGACUUGAGUCGGUUGCUUAGACUAAGAGACCUUGCCCAUGCUAAUCUCAUAUGUGCUACCCAGGAGAGUAUAGCUAAAUCAUCUUGGGUGACCAACCAAACAACAGAGGAGAAAUUCUUCAAAUGUGAAGAAUGCGGACGCAACUUUAAGUCUUCCAGUCACUACAGGUAUCACUGUGAGACGCACAAAGGUAACAAAGUCCUGAAAUGUCCAAUGGAAGGGUGCAAUAGACGCUUUGCUUGGCCUGCCCAUCUCAAGUACCACACAAGGACACAUGCCAACGAUCGUCCCUACAGCUGUUCAAUGGAUGGAUGUGGUAAGACCUUCUACACUGUACAGAGUCUACAUGUCCACAUGCGAACCCACACUGGCCACAAACCGUUCAAAUGCUCAGAGGAAGGUUGCGGCAAAAGCUUUACAACAGCAGGAAAUCUCAAAAACCAUUCCAGAAUUCACACAGGAGAGAGACCAUUUAUAUGUGACCACGAAGGGUGUAUACAGAGUUUUGCUGAACACUCCAGUCUACGCAAGCAUAAACUUACUCACACAGGAGAGAAGCCAUAUGAGUGUGAAAUCUGCUUCAAAGUGUUCUCACAGAGCGGCAGUCGAAACACCCACAAGAGACGUCACCACAGCAAGUCAAAGUCUGCGUCAUCUCGAGGAGACAGGAAGAUACGAGACGGGACCAGGGAGAAACAAGAGGCAGAGAGGGACACUGAAAUUAACUGUAAUUUAUUAGGAAAUCAUCAGGGUACAACUCAACAUGAAAUAGAACUCGAAGAAAUCACCUUGCCUAAUCCUGAGCACAGUAACGCCACCUUACCCACCAUGACAACUGUAAGUGUUUCCGAGGCAGACAUGCACAUGUCUUCACAUUCAUCUAUGCCUGAACAUGAUGGUAUAUCACUGGCACACUCCAUGCUUGCAGGUGUUACUCUUAACUCACAUCACCAAGAUUCUUCAUCAGGUCAUGUCAUGCAGUCUGAACAGGACAAUAUGACCAUGUUGGGUCAUAAUGGCAUCGUAGGACACGACAGCUUGACUUUGAGUCACUCCAUUCUGGAAGUGACAACAGACUUGGAACAUGGCACAAGCUGUAAGGCAGACUGUGACGGCUCCAAUGCCCGUAACGUAGUAGUCCUCACCCAGCCAAACCAUAACCACGAUCACACCCUGAGCAUGAUCACAGAUGCAUCACAAUUCCCCGUCAGCCAUCAGACGGCAUCUGCAGAGGACAUGGUUUACAAUAACGCCAUGCUGCCGUCUGCUGCUCACAUGGUGGAUCAGGAUCAUGGAGGGCACGACGUGGACAUCCCUGUAUCUGAGAUUGAGGUCAGUGGGCAUCAUCACCACCAUCACCACCAUGACCUCCAAGGUGGUGAUAUAGUGAUCACAUGGUGAUAGUUGAAGGUUCAUUAUGUAAAGUCAUCAUCACCACAGUGACCUCUAAUGCUAGAGUGUAGCAUUGGAUUAGAGACCAUAACUGUUCUUUUAUAGUAUUAAUCACUUUGCUGAAAUUUGAGUCCCUAUCACCACCACGACCUUCCAAAUGGAGAUGACUGUGAUUGUUAACAACAUCAAUGGGUUUAAGGUUGAUGGGUUGUUUAAAUAUUCACCACCACAAGAUAUGGUCAUCAGAUGGAAAUGAUGAUUGUUUACCCUAGCAGUAUUUUCUAACCAAUACCAUCAUCAUUGUCUUCACUGCCAUGACCGGGGCCCAACUGAAUAAAGCCUAUAAGCACAAAAACUUGCUCAACACAAAACACAUUGCUUAGCAAAAAUAGGGUACCAGCUUGUGACGGGUACCCUGGUAAUUUCUUGCUUAGCCAACAAAUUUGCUAAGCAGAAUUUUCUGCUUUAAAACAGCUUCAUGAAAUUGUGUCCAGGGCCCAACUUCAUAGAGCUACCUAAGCAUAAGAUAUUGCUAAUAAAAAAUUUCUGCUUGGCAAAAAAUGUGCAGGAUACCAGUAAAAAAUGGUACAUGUACAUGUUAGAUGGUACUUUUGCUGGUAACCUUAAUCUGGUAAGCAUUUGUUGCUGUGCUUAUCUACUCUUUGUUCUAAAGCAGCUUCAUAGAGCUGCUUCAGCCAAAAUGCCAUUUCACAUGUACCAUCUGUGACUGGUAUCCUGGUCAUUUUUGCUUAACAAAAAUUGUUGAGCAAUGUUCUGUACCUAAUCAGCGCCAUCAUGGCCCUGCUGACCACAACAUUCUGUGCUCAUGUGAUCCAUUUUAGGUGCGCAUUGUUAUGUGCCAUUAACAUGGAAUUAUAUAGUAAGCACUUCCAUGACAUCUGGAUCUGUAGUGUGUGUAUGUUUGCAUGUUUGUUUGUGUGAUCUUCCUAACAGGAACCAAUUUCAUGGCUCUGCUUACCGUAAGCUUAUCGGUGCUUAUGGAAGCAGGGAAUUCUAUGCUUAAGCCUUACGGCAAGGGUAUUUCAAAGGUUAGCGGCGAAUGUGGGCUUCUGCGUGUGCGUACUCCAUGUUACUAGGCAUUCUACGCUUACAAGGCUAGCGCAGAAAUUUGGCACUU